AUGAAUACGACAAGCACGCAAAAUUCUACUCUGGAAGAGGACUGUUCUGGUGCACUAAAAAAUGAUGAAAUCGCAAUUUUGUCAGCGAUGAACAGUGUGUUGGCGCUCAUUACCGUUGUUGGAAAUGCACUCAUUUUGGCAGCCAUUUACAAAGUUCAAAGCCAGAGGACUCCUUCCAAUGCGUUCGUUGCUUCCAUGGGAGCCGCAGACUUCUCCGUGGGUCUGCUUAUGAACCCGCUGUGGGUUGCCAAGAGUGUUUUGAAUAUCUGGAGAAGUGACAACCAGCUUUCUACUGCCAUUGAAGUUCUGACGAUGCAGACAAUUGUAGCCACUACCUUCAGCUUAUGCGCAGUAAGCGUGGAUCGCUAUAUAGCAGUGACUAGAAUGCGUUAUAUUGAGAUUAUGAGUUGGAAACGCAUCCGAAUCACAAUCCUUCUGAUCUGGACCUUUUCCAUGCUGUUUGCGUGUUUGCGUCUCCUCAUUACAGAUCCCCUUCAGCUACCAAAGCUGUGGCUGGCCGCUACAGUAAUCACUGUCAUAGCGCCUUUAACACUCAUCUCCAUCUGUUAUUAUCAUAUCUUCAAAGCAGCUCGAUUUCAAAUUAGUAAAAUUUCAGCCUCUGAAGAAACUAAGAUUAGUCCCGAUCAAGCUAUCAUGCAGCUUAAGCACCGUAAGGGCCUAUUUACACGAUACGACUUUGUCGCAUGCGACAAGCUUACGACAGGCUUACGACACUUAAAUCAAAACAAUACGACUCUUAAGUCAUGUCGUAGGCCUGAAUUGUUGCAUGCGACAAAGUGGUAAAUAGGCCUUUUUAACAAUAGGAAUUUUGUUGGUGGACUCAAUUUGUUGGACCCCAGGUUUGGUGAUCUCUCUCAUUCAGUUCUUUAUUGUUAAUAAUUGCCAGAAGCUUAUGAUAAAUGGCUACUGGUUUUGGGGAGCGCUGGCAGAGUUUAGCAACUCGGCUUUUAAUCCUUUCAUAUAUUGCAUGAGAAGCAGGGACUUCAGGAAGGCUGUAAAGAAGGUGAUUGGUGAUUGUGUCUAUUAA